AUGGCCAGCUUCCCGACUUUCGAUCCGUCUCGCUUGACGAAGAAGACUGCUGCCCACUAUUCUUCGGAAUCAGAGGACGAGGACGAAGAUGACUACCUAGCCCCCGUUACAGACCCGUCACAAGCCGACGAUUUUGGCGACCUGAAUCCACGAAAGCGCCGUCGCGUCGGCAAUACGAAAGAAAGCGCCGCGCUGGGCAUUUUUGCCUCAGACAGCGAAGAUGACGGCCCCGGGAGACGAUGGAAGAAGAAGACCCUCCGCAGCAAGGGCAUGAAUUUUGUUUCCACGGGCACAACCACACUCGACCAAGAUGACGAGGCGCAAGACACAAACACGAAAGAGUACUCAGACGACUCGAACGAUGACGACGAGGAAGAUGAGGAAGACCAUGUUGGAGGUGUUGGUCUUGGAUUCGGCGGAGCCCGGGUUGGCCUCGGUUUUCAGUCGGCGCAGAAUGAUAACGAGAGCGAUGAGGACGCAAAGGCAGCUGGCGCUCCCGCGCGAUCUUUUGCGAAGACCAAGUUUGACGGCAAGAACAUCCUCGGCCGCGGCUUCGUACCAUCGUCUGCGAACGUACCGGUUCUGAACCCCGACAUCCAGGACACUCCUUCGAUGCCAAAGAUGGCCCGCCCGAGCGCUUUCGGCGCAAAGGGAGCGAACGCCAAGCCCAACCCGAAAUCGUUCGGUGCGCGGAUGAUGGCCAAGAUGGGUUACCAAGAAGGAACAGGUCUCGGAAAAGAGGGACAAGGUCGAAGCGUCAUUAUCGAAGCUCACCUCAGACCACAGGGUGUCGGUCUGGGUGCAGUCAAGGAAAAAUCAGUGCACGAGAGGAAGGAGGAGAAGCGACAAGCGAAACUCCGAGGCGAGGAGCUUGUCGAUUCGGAAGAAGAAGAGAGAAAAAAAAAGCGAGAAAGAAAGAAAAAGGCUGCAAGCGCUGGCGGCAGCAGCGUCAGCACCCCCAAACGACAAAAGCCCAAGUACAUGACGGCAGAGGAGAUCAAGAAGUCUGCCCCGGGACUCCAUAUCCCAGAGGCUUUUGCGCCUAUACUGGACAUGACAGGGCCUGGGAACAAACUUUUGACGACCGCCUCUGGGCUCUUGACGCCGACUUCUGCCGCAGUUGUCGAGUCUCCCGAGCUGGCGGCUGCGCGCAAGCUGGUGAAGCGAGCACAUGCCGACCUAGCAGCGUUCUCGGAGGAGUGGAGAAACUUGGAAGAGCGAAAGACCUGGGUAGAUUUGGAACUGCGCGAAAGGGAGCAGGAGAUGGCGGAACUUGGCUCGGACUUAGGAAGAUUACAACUGUUUUCCAACAUCGUCACCAACGAGCUUCCCUUGGCCACAGAAUGGGAGGACGUCAUCCGCUGUCUGGAGAAGGCAGUCCAAAAAAUUGGACCAGCCACGGAUGAAGUCUCGGACCUCGCGGUUGCGGCCAUCUACCCCUUCUUCCGCGACCCCGACUGGGACUUACUGGAGCAGCCUACCCGGUUUGCUACAGAGCUCAACGAUCUCAAAAGUCUACUGAUGAAGUCUGGCGAGGGCAACAAGGCUAUGGAUAAUUGGAAAGCGACCAGCCUGAACACCAACGAUCUUUACCGUCAACAUCAAAAGGCGACAACGCCUUACGAGACCAUGAUGUACAAGUUGUGGUACACAAGGGCAAUGUCAGCCAUCCGAGACUGGGAUGUCUUCAACCCCGCACCGCUCCUAGCUGUCUUGGAGGCGUGGGCAGACCUGCUACCUCCUUUUGUUCGGGCACAGUUCCUCGAUGCUGUCGUUCGCAAGUUGGAAACAGCCGUAGCGGAAUGGAACCCGAAGAAGAAGCGACAAGGCCAUAAAUUGCCACAUCUCUGGCUAUUUCCCUGGCUUCAAUAUCUGCCCUCGUACCACUUGGAGCCCAAGGGUACUGGGUUGGUCGCCGAAGUGCGGAGGAAGUAUAGACAGUUGAUUGACUUGUGGGAUUUCGACCGCGGCAUAAUCCCUGGCCUGGAACAGUGGCGCGAUGUGCUUGGCGAACAAUGGCGCUCCUUGAUCAUGAGCCAUGUGUUGCCGGCCAUGGGCCGCUACUUGCGCAAGAACUUCAGAGUAGACCCGAGCGACCAGGAGCCGUACCUACCUAUGCUCAUGGGCGUGCUGAAGUGGUCUGACAUCUUGACGUCCAAGGUCCUGGGUGAGGUCAUCGUCACAGAGGUCUUCCCCUUGUGGCACGAGAAGUUGAGCGAGUGGCUUGGUUUGGAGGAUGCCAAUUUCGAGGAGAUCAUAGCAUGGUAUGAGUGGUGGAGGGACGACGUCUUGCCCGACGCUGUGAGGAACCUGAAAUCAGUUCAAGCAGAGUUCAACAAGGGCAUGGGCACCAUCGAGAAGGCAUUAUAG